CGGCGCGGCGAGCGCGGCCGGGCCCGGGUCGCUGCGUCCCGAGGAGCCCCCGCCCCCGUGCCGGAGACCCCGCUCGGCUCGGCUCGUCCCGGCUCGGCUCGUCCCGGCUCGGCUCGUCCCGGCUCGGCUCGUCCCGGCUCGGCUCGUCCCGGCUCGGCUCGUCCCGGCUCGGCUCGUCCCGGCUCGGCUCGUCCCGGCUCGGCUCGUCCCGGCUCGGACGCGGGCAGCGCCCCCCCCACCCCUUCCGCACAUGCGCGCCGGGAGCCCUCCGCAGGCGGGGCCGGCCCCGGCAGUGAUCCCCGGAGGCGGCCUCGUCCCGGAAGUGACUGCACCCGGGCGGUUUCCUGUUACCAGUGCCGAGAAGCUUGGUUUUCACCCCGGCCGGAACGCCUGGCGUAGCUCUCCAGCAGGCUUGGCUGUGGCCGUGCUUCUUUGAGGAUCAGGUGGUUGUCUUUGCCCCCUGACGACGUCACCCUCUGCUCCUGCUCCUCCCAUCUGAGAGAUCCGUGACCUUGGCUACUCGUUUCAUCACUUCCUGAGAGAGCGGCGUUAAGCUUUGCUGCUGUCGUUGUGGAAUGCUGUGUUUCUCCCUUUGGUUCUGUCCAGGGCUGCUGUCUGUACCGCGCCUCUCGUAUUAGGCUCUUGCGCGUUUUUAACCGUCAGGCCUCCCCGACGACGGAUCCUUUUGUCACUAUCAAGCCUGUCUUUGUUCCUCGCAGACUGAAGACUGUGCCACUUCACAGCACUGUGGGAACCCUGCGAGCACUGCUGCGUGCAUGGGAAACCCACUGGGCAGUGUUACAGAAACGCACAUCAGGACUCCUGUGCUGGGCGCUUGCACUUCUUUAGCUGCGGUUUCGCAUCCUAUUUUGCCAACUUGACUUUUGUUAAAGAGUCAUGAUACCAUCAAAGCUUUUCUCAGCGAGAUGCCAGGCAGUGUUGGAGGGCGUGGGGUGCUGGAUGCCACGUGGGGUGCUGGAGAAGCACACUUCUCCCAGGCUGCUCUCGGUCGGCUGUGUGGACUGCACCAAGCGCCAGGAACCCCCCGGGAAGAAACUGCUCUCGGAGAAAAAACUGCCUGUCAUAGGUGGAAAAGGUACAUUUCAAAUGGCUGCUUGGACCCCCGGAAGGACUGCAGAGUUAAGAAUGCCCAGGGUGUUUUGUGCUCUCUGCAGAAGAGGCACUUUGUGGACCAUCGCCGAGUGCUUGUGCAAGGGGGACGCGGAGGCGACGGGGCGAGCUGCUUCCACAGUGAGCCCCGGAAGGAGUUUGGAGGCCCCGAUGGUGGCGACGGGGGCAACGGCGGCCACGUCAUCCUGAGAGUUGACCAGCAGGUCAGGUCCCUGUCCUCCGUCCUGUCUCGGUACCGGGGGUCUGACGGAGAAGCCGGCGGCAAGAAGAACUGCUUCGGGCGAAGCGGUGCGGUCCUCUACAUCCGGGUCCCCGUGGGCACUUUGGUGAAGGAGGGGAGUGAAGUACUGGCUGACCUCUCGCGCCCGGGCGACGAGUUCAUCGCGGCGCUGGGCGGGGCAGGCGGGAAGGGCAACCGCUUCUUCCUGGCCAACGACAACCGUGCGCCCGUAACGUGCACCCCUGGACAGCCGGGUCAGGAACGUGUCCUCUUCCUGGAGCUCAAGACAGUGGCGCACGCUGGGCUGGUUGGGUUCCCCAACACGGGCAAGUCCUCGCUUCUCCGGGCCAUCUCGAACGCGAGGCCCGCUGUGGCUUCCUACCCUUUCACGACCCUGAAGCCCCACGUGGGGGUUGUCCACUAUGAGGACCACCAGCAGGUAGCAGUGGCCGACAUCCCCGGCAUCAUCCGCGGUGCCCACCAGAACAGGGGCCUGGGCUUGGCCUUCCUCAGGCACGUCGAGCGCUGCCCCUUCCUCCUGUUCGUGCUGGACCUCUCGGUGCCAGAGCCAUGGACGCAGCUGGACGACCUGAAGUACGAGCUGGAGCAGUACGAGGCAGGCCUGUCCCAGAGACCCCACGCCAUCGUGGCCAACAAGGUUGACCUCCCUCAGGCCAGAGCCCGGCUGCCCCAGCUGCAGGCCCAUCUGGGCCGGGAGGCCAUCGCCCUGUCGGCGGCCACUGGGGAGAACCUGGAGGAGCUGCUGCUGCGUCUGAAGGAGCUGUACGACGACCACGUGGCCUCAGAGCUGGAACUUGGCCGCCAGCCGCUCCGCUGGUAGCGGGCGUGGUAGCGCUCGGGCAGGCUGACGGCGCCUGGAGAUGAGGAAGAGCCCGCAGAAUAGGAGGGCUUGGUGCGGCAGCCUUCCCGCCAGCUCGGGGCCCCGCACCAACAUGCCGCCUGUCCUCGGCCUAGGACCCCUCGAUGGCGGACGCUCAUGCAUCCGCCAGGCUGUCCCCAGUACUUCCCGCCCGCCUGCAUGUGGCUGACAUGCUGCGAUGGGCUCGCCUGUGGUAAUCGGCCCUUAAUUAGCAGGGCCCACGCUCUGGCUGCCGUCACCAAAUGCUGCCGAGGGCACUUGGCAGACGGGAGCCAGCGUGGCCCGCUGCCCUGCAGGUGGUGGCAGCUGUCGCCGAGGUGGGCCUUUGAUUCCACAGCUGUCGACACACCCCACCAAGCGCAGCUUUGCAGGGUUGCUGUGUCUGUUGUGUGAGGGCCGGGGAAGAGGAGGCAUGUGCGGGCGCCCGGCAGCGGAGGAGCAGGCGCGAUGCUGUUCUCAGAUGCCGCCGUCUGAGGGAAGCGACAAGGAUGACACCCGCCCUGUUGUCCCAGACGGUGCUGUGCUCUGUGAGCCGGGCUUCAUGACUGAAUGCUCCCAAUAUCCGACCCAGGGCCGCGCGGCUCUGACCCGCUGGCUCAGUACCCGCGUGGGUUAUUAACUGCGGGCGGGCGGGGCGGGGCAGCGCCGUCCCCCAGGGCAGCUCGCGGCUCAGGUUUGUGCGUCCAGGUGGCAGUGGGAGCCGCACCCACCCCCCGGCAUCCCCAGGCUGCAGGUGCCGCGUGAGGACGGUGCAGCUGCUCGUAACCCACUCUUCAGCAAAACGCUCUAGAACUUUUGUUUCCCCCAAAUAAAGGCUGAUGCCUCUGACGUGGUCCCUGAGGCUCUAAAGGAUGAGGUGAGGAAGGGGCCUGGGGCCCGAGGCAGCCAGGUCGCUGAGCAGGCUCAAGCCAGAGUCUCUUCCGCACAUGGGGGCUGGGCAAGCCUCGAAUAAUCAGCCAGCGCCUGGGCUUUCAGGAGCAAUUCUGUUUUGAUCUGACAUCAGAUCUGCAACUAGACAGGAGUUCUUCACCUGAAGCU